AUGGCCACGAGUUUACCUGUGUUAGACGUCGCACUGAUGGGAAGCGUCUCCUCGACCCCUUCGUACCUAUCCCGCAUUGGUCUCGCGGACGGCUCUCAGCACACAGAGGUCCUGAUAGGCCUUAUCAACGCCAUCUACUGGGUCGGUGUUAUAAUCGGGGCUCUUCUCAUAAGCCCUGUAUCCGAUAAAAUUGGCCGGCGACGAGCAAUAUUCUGUGCGGGUCUUUAUGCCAUAAUCGUCAUCCCUAUAUUGGCUGCCCUACAGAACUUCUCCUGGGUCUUGGUCCUACGCUUUCUGAAUGGCCUGGCGACAGGAUCUUUUGAUUCUGUCGGGCUUAACUGGUCGGCUGAGUCAACAGCGUCAAGAUAUCGAGGCCGGGCUAUCGGAUUACAGAUGUGCUGUGCAGCAAUCGGCGCAAGCACGUCGUAUUUCUUGGUUUAUGGAAUCUCAAAGGUUACGGAUAGUGAGAUUGUAUGGCGGUUUCCGAUCGCUUAUCAAUGUGUUUUUGUCUUUCUUGUCUCGGGUCUUGUCUGGGUUCUUCCAGAGUCGCCCCGUUGGCUAGUUAGGGUUGGGUUGAUAGGCGAGGCGAGAGAUGUGCUUCUUGCUAUGCAGGCCGACCAAGCUGAAGAAAUUCAAGUGGGUGAGAUGGUGGAUGAAGAGAUCAGAUCGAUCCAGCAGGCGCUUCAUGAAGAGUUUGUCCACAAUUCCUCGACAACCUACCUCAGCAUGUUUUUCAAGAAAGACCCAUACAAGACGUCACGCCGGACAUGGUCUGCUCUUUUCGUCCAGUUCGCGACACAGGCAAUGGUUGGUUCUGGUGUCGUAUCCGGAUAUGGUAUCAAAAUCUUUGAGUCUGGUGGAUGGUCCAGCGAUCUGGCGGCCCUGCUGUCGGGUAUUGGAAUCAUUGUUCAGGCUAUAUUUGGAUUUAUUGGUGCGAUGUACGCUGAUAAGAUUGGACGUCGCAGAGCUUUCAUUUACGGGGCCUUGAAUGGCUCAAUACUUCUUGUUUUUGUCGGCAUGUGUGGCCACUUUGUUAGCCAGAACAUGUCGGACCAGCUCGUGGCGAAAAGAUAUAGCUCUGCUGUUAUUGCGCUAGUGAUGGUAUGGUCGGCACAAUUUGGGAUGACAUGGCUUUGGGCACCGUUCACAUAUCCUUCGGAGAUAUUCCCCGCCAGGUCAAGAGCAAGAGGAAGCUCGGUUGGUAUCGUAGGACUGGGUCUAGGCUCAUUCUUUACUAGCAUGAUUAGCCCAUAUAUCUUUGCUGCUAUGGGGUCCAACGCUAUGUUUCUAUUUGGUGGCUUGAGCUUUGUCGUGGCAGUUGUUUCUAAUCUUUACCUGCCAGAGACUGCGAAAAAGACUUUGGAGGAUAUUAACCACUUAUAUGAUUAG